UUAUAACUUAAAAUGGCUUAUUCUGACUCUGAAAGCUCAGAGAUCGACCAUAACAACUACAAAGGCCAGUAUAUAGACGAUGACCCUGGCUCGAAGUGGCAGGAUCCAGACACAGGCGCACAUUUUGAUUUUAAAGAGAUGUGUAAGAUCCUUAAAUAAAGUUUCUUAUGAAAGACGAUCUGAAGAAAGAAAAAGAACAGCCCUGCUAAAGAACAUACAGAAGCGCAGAGGGAAUAGCUUAGAGAACCAACCUGAGCACCAGGUUGGAACCAGGCCUGCUAAUAUCGGGCUAAAGAAACCUGAGAAAAGGAAUAACUUUAUGAAGAGUUUUAGCAAUAUGAAGCAAGGCCAGCUGAAAUACCAUGAGAAUAGCAGUAAUGGUCAGACUAUGAAAAUUUUUAAUACAAACAGUCUUGAGAGACCAAAGAAGAUUCAGAAGAUGAACCGGCAUAAGAGACAUAGGAAUUUGGAGUCCUUCCAUGAGAAAUUAAUGGCUAAUAAGAUCUCUUACAAAGGCCAGAUCAAGAAGAAUUAUCAAAUAAGGCUUUCAAAUAUUGCACAGAACUUGUCUAAUAGUAUCGACGCUAAAAGAUCAGUGUCUCGUAAGAAUCGGAGGAAUAUUGGGGGUAGUAUUUCUACAAAAUACAACAAGGCAAAGAACUUAGCAAUCCUAAAUAAAUCCAAUGAGCAUGUGAGACCAAAGCAGCUUAUCAAUACUCAGAAUAAUAUAAUUAUUAUCUCAAAUCAUUCGCAUGCGAAGAGUUUUAAAGGCAAACCAAAAGUUCUGAAAAAGAAUUAUGAAAAGGUGGGGAAUCUUCUAAAUUCUCAUGGGCAGGGACGCAAUUCACACUUUAAGAAAGGACCUACAAUGACGAAUGCUCCAUAUAUAAAACUUCCAGGAAGUAACUCAAUGAGUGACAACUCUUUUAAUUACAGUUCAUCGAGAAGAAAUAUGAAGUCAGAUAAAAAGAGGAUGAGUGGAUUAUUCCAAAAUUCAAUGUUCACUUAA